AUGGCUCGAGAGGGUGUUGCUCCACAACUGGACAACAGUCAUAUAGCAGCUACAGUAGCACCUGUCGUCAAGGAGACGACUACGGUAGCUAGUUUGGCAUCAGGUACCGUAACCAUUCAAUACUCACACAUUCUUCUUGCUCUCAUCGCAUUCGUGGUCCUAUCGAUUGGUGUGGUUACUGUAAUCAAAAAGAGGUCACGGCAGAAAACGGGAUUCCGAAAUCGGCGUGGCGCCGGAGCCGGUGGACACAGUAUCCUACAACAGGAUUCAGAUGAAGAUGAUAUUUUAAUCAGUUCCAUGUAUUCUUGA